AUGAGACCCGUUUCUCAAAGUGAAGCGGACAUGGAGAGCCAUACUUCAGAGAUGGCCAGCCAGGACUCUCCGCUGCGCCGAAAAUUCUCCGAACCCAUACACGAGAAUUCUAACUCUACCAAAACAACACCCUCACCAGCGCCAGAUGAACCAAUAUGUGGUAAAUGUGGAGAACACAUUGAAUCAUCUUCUGAUAUGUCUCCCGAUGCAGCCAUCAAGUGGCACAUGAACUAUAAACACAAUGGUGCCAAGGACAUGGCCCCGUAUAACAACGAUACUGUUCCAGAUUACGAGAGUCAGACCUAUGAUGGCGAUGAUGAUGAUGAGCAGGCUGAAAACGAAGAUAUGGCUGUUGAUCAAGUCAACGGCUCGCCUCGCUCAGCAGACUAUAUUGACGACAACGCCGAAGCUGCUGAAGAAGAGCAAGAAGAAGAAGCAGCAGCAGCAGCUGAAAUGUAUGGCAACGGAAAGGAGCCUGCUGAUGCAGAUGGCGCUGAGACCACUGGUUAUGGAGAAGUUCCCGAGGGUGAAUCCGAUGUUGCCCUCUCUAACCAGCUCCACGAGUUUUCUCGCGAAGAAGAUUCUGCGUCUGUCGAGAAACGCCUUCACAAUCUAUGGAACAUCCAUGAUGUCCGUGAGUUUACUAAAGACUAUGAAGACAACACCGCCGAGAUGAAUGAGACCUGGACAAGCGUAUUCAGCGAACCAAAGCGCGGCAAGAAACGCGAGGCGCCAGAGCUUCUCCAGCGUCCAGAUCCCUACAAGGCGACAAAGGUCGGACGGGGCGAAUUUCUCGAAAUGGCACCUCUUGAGGAUUUCUUGGCUCAACUUCGCGAACCGGAAUUGCGCUCAAGCGAUGAGCUGUUUGCUAUUACCGAGAACGUCGCUUAUGCUCUGAAAGUGUGGCAAGAUGAGUUUCUGGCGAUCGACAAGCUCCAAAAGCUGGCCACCAGGCACAAUCUCAAAAUCACGAGUGAUCCACGAAAACUCGAGCGGCCUCAGGUUUUCGAAGACAAAAAGGAAGCAAUGCUGUACGGCUACAAACACGACCCAAAAGAAGACAAAGUUGGCUUUCAGAAUCCUUUCUUGCAGGGUGGUUUCAAACCAACACCGGCCCAAUACAGGAAAAUGGUUCAGAAAGCUGGCGUGAACAAUCCUAACCCCGAUGGGUGGCGAACAAUCUCCAAGUUCGGUGUUGACCAUGUCCCCAAGUUUCAGAACCCUCCUCGGGAAGACGUUAUUGCAAAAGCAACUCGGAAACGCAAGGCUGCCGAACUUGAAGCGGCUACUAGAACCAACGAUUCCGAUGAAGCCGCAGCCACCGAGACUGCUACGCCCGCUGACGCCGACCAAGAUUAUGCUAAUGCUGCAAAGCGCCGUGCUCGUAAUCGCGACUCCGCCACCGAGAAUGGACGAGGUCUCACCACGCGCGGCCGUGGUGGGCGUCCUCGCGGAAGAGGUGCUGCCCGUGGAGGCUCGCGUGCUGCUUCAGAGGCCCCGCUGGCUCCAGCGCAUACACUCGGCACUUCGGCGAGCGCGACACCUGUACCGGAAGACUUGCAAGUACGGCUCGGUGCCUCGCAACUGGUACCGAUCGAACCGGCACCGAAUGGAGGGCCAGCAACUGCAUCUGACACCAAUCAACUACUCGGAGGUGCGCAAGGUGUGCUUGACGCAGCCGAUAUUGCGCGAAAACAGAAGAUUGCGAACUCAAAGAAUCCGAAACGGACGGAAGCUAUGCUCAACCACUGGGCUCGCUUUAACCGAGAAGGACGAGUGCGUAACCCGAAACGGUCCAAAGCCCAAAUCGAAGCGGACAGGGCUGCAGAGGCGGCCAAGAAGGCCACAGACGGCCCGAAACUCGGAAUCAAACCGAAGAAGAAAUCUGUCAGUCCGGGGGCUCUUCCUACGCCCCCGCGAGUCGACGCCGGCCUUGCCCCUGCGCCGCCGCCAAUGCCCUUGGCUCCCCCGCCUCAGUUGGCGCCCGGUCCUCACCCUCAUCCUCACCCGCACCCGCACCCUCAUCCUCAUCCUCACGGCCAUCCUCAUCCACAUCCGCAUCCGCAUCCGCAUCCACCUCCUCAUCCCCAUCCUCAUUCGCAUCCUCAUACUCCGCAGCUGCCACCGCAGCUUCAGUCGCAACAGCUUCCGUCGCAAUUGCCACCGCUUGCUGCGCCUCGCGGCUUGGCUCCAUAUCCACCUCCGCAUCUAGAUCCUAGGCCCAUGCCGCCAUUUCCUCUCGCUCGUGGACCUGGUCCUCUCCAUCAACCGCCGCCGCCGCCCUAUCGCACGCCAUACCCUGACUAUUUCAACAGUCCAUAUGGACCACCUGGGCUACCUCCUCCAGGACACCCGCGGCCUUAG